AUGCUGGGGGGCGCCGAGUGGGGGCAGCGGGAGGCGACGCCCCCCAGGGACGCCCCCCUGCCGAGCUUCGGCUUCACUCAGGAGCAGGUCGCGUGCGUGUGCGAGGUGUUGCAGCAAGCGGGCAACAUAGAGCGGCUGGGCAGGUUCCUAUGGUCGCUACCAGCCUGCGAGAGGUUGCAUGCGCACGAGUCGGUGCUGAAGGCGAAGGCAAUGGUGGCCUUCCACCGUGGCAACUUCAAGGAGCUCUACAGGCUGCUGGAAUCGCACACCUUCAGCCCGCACAACCACACCAAGCUGCAGAACCUAUGGUUAAAGGCACACUAUAUGGAGGCAGAGAGAUUGCGCGGCAGGCCCCUGGGCGCCGUCGGCAAAUACAGGGUGAGGCGCAAGUUUCCCCUGCCCCGCACCAUUUGGGACGGCGAGGAGACCUCCUACUGCUUCAAGGAAAAGUCGAGGUCUGUGCUGCGCGACUGGUACCUCCACAACCCUUAUCCGUCGCCGAAGGAGAAAAGGGAGCUGGCAGAGACCACAGGGUUGACCACCGUCCAGGUAUCCAACUGGUUCAAGAAUAGACGGCAGAGGGAUAGACAGGCAGAGCACAAAGACAGUGGCGGUGCCGGUGACAAGCCCCUGGACUCCUCCACGGACGACGACAGCGACGCCCCCCACCCCUCCGCGAUACCCCCCCAGCCCCUAUACCCCCUCUACGAGCACCCAUUAGCGCAUUUGCAGUACCACACA